AACGGCCGACACCCCAGCAAGAUGCCGCAGAAAGCACUGGGAUCCAUUGUAGGUCUUCUUUGUACCGGGACCUGUCUAGUGCAGGGGAAGGAGUUCUGUUUCGGGGUAAACAAUGAACAGUACCGCUGUGAGAUGGGGUACUGCUGUGGAGAGACUGAGUGCUGCACCUACUACUACGAGCUCUGGUGGUUUUGGUUGGUAUGGACCCUGAUCAUCAUGCUUAGCUGCUGCUGUGCUUACCGACACCGGAGGGUUAAGAUGCGCCUUCAGCAGGAGCAGCGUCAACGUGAGAUCAGCCUCAUGGCCUACCAGGGAGCCUCCAGCUCCUUCAUUUCCCCUCCACCGCUCAAUCUAAGGUUCUGGAACGACUGCAAGCUUCCUGACUAUGAAGAGGUGGUCGGUCACCCCCCAACACCACCUCCUCCUUACUCUGAAAACCCCCCUGAAACCAACCCAUCACUCCCUCCACAAUUGAGCCAGCCAGUUGCUGCAGUGCCUCACCCCCUGCCUGAAGCAGCCCCGAGGGACGACAGUCAGGCUUCAGGCUCAUCCCCAGAUCUGGAAGCUGUGUCGGUGUCGGUCCAAGCACAGUGUGUGGUAGAGGAGAACGUGGAGGCUUCGCUCGUGGCGGCAGAGGAGGAGGAGGAGGAAGAGGAGGAUGAGGAGCUUAUCACUCGGCGACGCCACGUGACCGGUGACUCAGGAAUUGAGGUGUGUGUUUGCCAGCUGGACAUAGACGAGGGUUCAGGGCUUGAGGAGGAAAGCGAUGAGGAGCACCGGAUGUGUAAGGUCACCGGGCAGGACUGCUGCUCCGGGCCCCGGCAGCAGGCCUUCAGACAGAAGCAGCGCACCCCCGAGCUGCCCAGCCAGACCGCCAGCACCAGCACUGGAGACCACAUGGUGUGACCCCCUGCCUAAAUAACUAACUAACUAACUAACUAACCAGCCAACCAGCACGGCUUUCUGCUUCACGCAGGGAAAUAUAUGACAUAUCUGUUGCAAUCAUCAUCAUCAUCAUCAUCAUCACCACAUUAUGUUUAAUUCAAAAAAUUCUAAACUAACGCAGGCGUGACGUCAGGGCGAUGAUGAUAACUAAUAACACAUUAUGUGGACAAACUUGUGGCAUUUUAAUUUUUUUUGCUUUGCUUUUCUUUAGUGGGGAAACCAGCAAACACACUUGGAUGCUUCAUUUGUUCAUAACACCUUUUAUGAGGUAGUGAGAAGGCAGCGAUUGAUUGUGACUGAAACCAGAAUCCACUGUUUUCUUCGCUCCUACCCUCUCCUCGAGCACUGUCAUCAUGUUUCCGUCUCUGCACUCUCCUUGGUCAGGACAUUUUGGCCAACCUUUCGUCUGACAUUUUACCUCCGGAGGGACGAUCAGCUUGGAGCAUACCAACACGGUCAACAACAUUUCUCCCUUGUCCGUGCUAUGACUCUGAAGCAGAGGAGGGAAAAGACAAACCAGAACUGGAUGAACCAACCGGAGCACACGUUUCAUUUCCCCCGAGCUUUGUGUUCGUUAGUGCGUGUGUGUGUGCUGUGAAAUAUAGAGCACAGCUGCACGAUGAUGUCAGCUCUGAGGUCAUGGUAACCAGCCUCUGGUGUCAGGUCUGUGGGACUUUUCGCAUCUAGAGGGGGGGGAGUUUAAACUCACAAACAGCAGAGGAGCGAUACCAGAAGGAGUUUUGUCUUUUGUUUUAAGUGUCAUACACCCCCUAGCCCUUUUCCCUCUUCGUUAUUCAUGUUGUGGUCAGCAAUUGGCAUAACUGUAGGUAGGGAGCGACCAGCUUUUAAUGAUUUAUUGAUUGUGUGCUCAUCAUCUCCCUACUUUGGUUUCUGGCGGCAUUGCAUUCAUUGUAAUGGCCAAGAGGGCUUGGCACCAUUUUGUAAUUCACAAAAAGCCUUGUCUCUGUGUUAGCGUUUCUUUAUUAACUGUGUUACGUCAGAGUGUACCAUCAUCCUCACUCUAAUGUAUAGGUUGGAUGUUCAUAACAAAGGAUAUACCUGCUUUUUUUGUCCAUUUUAUAACCAGCUAUGCUUCAGUGAAUGCCGCAGGUUUCACUAUUAUUGCAACAAAGCUCCAUGACGGGGGCUGCUAGAGUGUGUUCCAGUGAGUGGAUGUUAUAGUGCAGUAGGGACGGGUUGAGUCUUGUGAUUGAGUUGUGUUUGAAUAUCUUUAAAGUGCUGAAGCAUCUGGUUGUAAUACUUUCUCAGCACUAAGGUGGAUUAGCUAUAAAAGCACUGGUAUUUUGCAUGAGGCAUGAAUUUCUGUGUUUUAAAAUUUGAUUUGAUUAGUAUUUUCUAGCCAUUUUUUACUUGCUUUCCUCAUUGUUUCUUUUAAUGAUAGUGGGCUACAGUGGCUACAUAUCUGUGUACCAGAUGUUGGGUGUAAAGAAAUAGACUGUGGUUUGGUUUUAGCUGCCCUAUAUCAAGUUGUGUUGUAAUUACUGUGUGCGCCAUGCAAUGCCGUUGUGCAUGGAUGUUAGCUAGUUAGCUGAUGCUGCCCCGGCACUGUGUGGCCCCGGUAGCUCUUAGCAGUGUGAUGGAUUUGCAGUGGUAUUUUCCGUUGGCAGCCAAUUGAGGUGGAUGCAAGAUCUUCUCUGCAGCCAGUGUUGGCACAGCUGCAGAAUCUGUUGUGAUUAACAGCAAACUCCUCUGUGUUGCAUGUUGUUUGCCCAUUAUACUGUACAGUAUGUAUUCAAAGCAUAGCAGUAAAACUAGUAAUUGUUGGAUAGGAAAACCACCGCGAAACAAAAUUGUAAGAUAAAAGUCUGUCUGUCCAUAAGUCAGUAAAUGUUUCGUUAGGGCAUUUAGUUUGGGACAAUGUCCAACAGCCUUUGAUACUGUGUGUCAAAACGGGUGCAUUGUAAAGACGGUCAGUCAUUCUGCUUCAAAGGAGAUCACAAAGUACUGCAGCCUUUAUCAUUUUGGAGUGUGUUACCUCUCUGGUGCGAUAGUCUGUUGUAUAUAAUGCAUUAAACAUGUCCGAGGCACAGUAACCUAACUUCCAGUUAUCAUUAACAGGUUGCAGACGUGUUUAAAUCAAAGCUUCUAUUCAUACUUUUCCAGCAGGCUAAGUGGGGAGUAAAAGCCGACAUUUCGUGCUUGCCUGGUGUAUUUAUUCAGUUAUUAAAAUGAAUUGCCAUGUCUCUUUUUAUUUUCAGCACUAAAACAACUCUGUCAAAGACACAUUUUGGAAAUUCUUGGCCUCUUAACAUGAUGCGACACUGGGUUCUGCACCACGAUUCGUAUGAUAGGGCCCAUAGGAAAAAAAUACAAGAGAGCGUGUGCACCAAAAUAUCAAUAUAGAGGGAAAACAAAAUGAAUGCAUGGCUUAUUAAGGUUAAAUUAUAUUUAGUUUCAUUUUCAUUGACUUCAUAAGUGCUGUUGCAAGGUUUGUGGUCCUUGUGUUGUCGAGCAGGUGCUUAAGCAUGCAGUCAAACUAACAUGACGACGACCUUUCCAGAGGAGCUGUUACACUGUGAGCUUGACUGCACACAGAAGUAAUAAAAGACAUUUUUUGACCAACGCACCUCAAGCUGCCUUGCUGCAUCUCUAGAGAGCAAAUGUCUUAUUUAUGGAGCUGCACAAUAACAAUAAUACCAUGCGGCGUGCUACUGCCUUAUAAGAGUAGAUGUAGUUUCUCUCCAAUGGUAAUAGUUGUGUUGUUCUAAGCAUGGUUGCUUCAGAGCGGAGUGUUUUUGUAUCGAUAGAAGAAAAAAAAAGCUUGUUCCGAGAAAGUGUGCUUCCUUUAUGAGAAGAGGAUGUGGUUUGUAAACAUUUAAAGCCACAGGAUUUAAAGCGACACACGUUCUGUAGAUUUGUAUCUGAGGGUUGGUUUUGUCGAAAAAAACCAAAACCUGUCUAGUUAGUUAAAUGUGGCACUGAUGGAGUUAGUGAUGACCAGAUUAUGCGAUUGUUUUUGUCUGAUAUGGUCGAACUUAGUUUGUUAUAUUAACUGGCUUGAAAGCAUGAGGAAAAAAACCAUUUAGUUUUUGUUGUUAUUCAUCCUUUUUGUGUUUGGAGGGUGAAAAUGAGCUCCUACAAGAGAUUGCUUUUCAACCUUUUUACUAAGGUGCAUUUUUGCUUAUUUCUAUACAUAUUUAGACAAAAUAAUAGGGGAAGGGGGGUGAGGAAUGAGGGGAAGGAUAGGGGGUUCUUUGGUGAUUAGUGAAACUGGAGGUCCAUCGUUCAAAAACUACCAGGCCUCCCUGGUUUUCACACGAGGUUAAGGGCUAUAUCAGUCAUCAGUCGUGGACACAUCCAUCCAUUUCACCGUGUGAUUGGUCGCCUCUGUGCUGAUCACUUAAAGCCACAGUUGCCGAGAUCCACUCUCUGAACAUGUGUUGGUUUGGAUGUUCUUUCAAUGUUGUGGUGGAGCUCCUAUUUAACAGCUGAUUGUAUAUGACUGUGUUCGUUUGUUUUAUAGGCUUAAACUUUGCCUUUCUGUUUUGUCGACGGAGGUGCGUGAUGCGACAUCCAUCCCCCCACAUGACUCUUUCUUAGCUGCGUGUUUGGGCGUUUUCUCUUCGCCCCGUUGGCUCCUCAUGGACCACCAGCCUCUGUCUUGGUUACACAAACUGUAGCCAAGCGCUUCGCUUGUGGACCCUUGGAAACAGGAGGGCACAUCCACUCAUGCCAGACAGAUUCAUUUACCAAAAGUCACCUCCAUGCUACACAGAUCGUGGCUUAUUUCACCCAUGUGUGUGUGGUUGUGACGAUUUGGUUUCCCACUCUCAGGGUUAUCACGCAGUGCUAGAGUUUUAAAUACAAACAUGUUCCGUCUCAUGAAGCCAAAGCAGUUCUUCCCAUUGUUGUAAAAUGUCUUUUUUUUUCUGCAUCACGCAUCUCUGUAGUCUAUAUUGUAGUUUACUCAACUAGGCUAUGCAAAAACAUUAACCUACUGUUAUAUGCUGCGACCCCUUUCUCACUUUCUCUGUUACUUGUCUGUGGGCACCAGUACGAGCAAUAUAAAUGAGUGCUUGUGGCACUGCACUGUACUGUAAUCUUCUGUUGGUGUGCGUACAUGUAUUUGUUUAAGAAAAUGUGUAAAAUACAACUUGUAAUGCUACUGCAUUGAUGUGGUCAGAAUGUAUGCUUCAGUGUGAGGGGCAAUAUGUAUGUAUAUCAUUUCCCCGUCUUUCUGGCUUUUCCAACCACUAACACUUCUACUCCUGGCUCACAGAUAAACCACAUUAGUAAGUGGAUGAAGCCAGAGUAAAAAGUUGAAUAUAUUGUUCAUGUUGGAUGAAUUCCUUCCUGAUAUCUUUAAUCUGUAUUCCAUCCCUCAGUUUUGUUGCACUAAUUCGAUUCAUUGGUUUUCUCAGUUUUAGAAACGGGUUUCUUCUUUCUCCAUCUUGAUGAAUUUUCUCUGACUGUUGCCUUUAAUCCCAGCUAUAAUAAGUCUAUCAGUUUCAAACGUUUUGUAUAAUAAACAAUUGAACAACCUCAACAUGGAUUGCAGUCGGCUUGCAUUAAACCAGGACACAUUUGGCUGUUAAGGAACAUUUUGAACUAAAGGUGUAUUUUCUCUGUAAACUGAAACAUAUUCUCAACCUUAGAUAAUAACAAACAGAUGGGGCCGCCACAGUUUAGCUAUGUGGAUUUUCUUUUUUGGCCAAAUAUCAGAAACAGCCUAGUUUGAGAAGGAAGCAGGCAUCUUCAAACAGGCAACAGACUCUUUAUUGUUUCCCCAAAAACUUUAAACAAGCCAAAAUGAGUUUAUUAUAUUAUGAAUUGAAGCACUGAAUGAUAAAAAUGCUUUGGUUUUAGUAUGAAGUCUGCUAUGUAUUUGUUGGGUCAUCAUUUGUAUUUUUUUUUUUUAAUAAAACAAAGAUUGGCACUCAAAUGAA